CCGUAAAAACGGACCUUGAUCAAAAUUAAAAUCAGUGUACUUCGUCGUAAAAAUAAGUAUUUUUGAAAAUAUAAUCGGGUGACGGGUGGUGCUACAGCCAUACUAUACUACAAUCCACAGUACAAGAUGGGGAAAUCAAAGAAGGAACGGAAAAGUCUAAUGAAGUCGGCGGCAACUGCCCAGGCUGCAAAAGCCGGUGGCCUCAGUCAAAAGACUGGGGGAAUAUACAAACGUCCUACGCGACUCGACAAGAAGAUCGAAAAGAAGGCUUCGUUCAUGCAAAAAAUCGAAGACUCUAAAGCGAAAAAAGUCAAAGUCGAGGUGGCGAAGAAAAGGAAAAGGAAUCCUUUAAUGAAGGGGGGAUUUGAGCUUAUGUUGGACUCGCUUGGAGACAUCGACAGUGUGGUCAAGGAAAUCGAUAUCAAACAGCUUCAAGCGCAAGCGAGUGCACUAGCAUCUCGCCCCAUCACUUCGCGAAAGGGCAGGCAAUACGCACUCGUAAAUGAAUCUCAGCGCUUGCAAAACAUCGUGUCCAACUCGGCGUAUAGGGCAAAUCCGCUCGCGGCUUUGAGGUCACAUCUAGAACAACAACAAAAUAUUGCUGGAGAAAUUGAGAAACGACUUGCAGGUGCUACAAAGUGAUGGGGGAAAUUAGGAUUCGUGCGUUCGCAAAUGUAGUACUUCAUGGGUAUACUUACCGUACUCAUCCGUGAGCUGGAAGUCAUAGGCGAUAGCAUUGAAAUUAGCAACAGUAAAUGCCGAUCAAUACUCACGGUCGAGUGUUGCCAAGAAGACGUGCCGCUUGCACGUGUACAGUGGACAUUGAUAACUAAGCCUGCACAAUAAUCUACUAACGGGCUGCCGAGGCGAGGAAGAAAUACCACCUGUGGAGGUGAUCACGCCAACCGAACCAGACUAUCAACCCUGACGGAUUGGCGUGUCACAACUAUUCUGUCCUGACACAUUGGGCAACUGUCGAACCAGUGCGCAAUUCAGGUUUAAAUGAGACCUUCAAAUAAUGCCGUUCAGCCAAGUUCAUGAGCAGUGGUCGGUGUUGCCUCGAGGCAGAUGCGUACUCGGAUGGACUGUCCAUCCAAGAUUAUAGCUUCGCCCCCUAGUUCAGCCGAUAACUCUGCAUUGUGUUCAUGAUGCCUCGAGAUUAUAUGAAAUGAUUCUUUUGUGACCUAAUCACGGUAUUUAAUUGAUUAGGAGACUAAAUGAACUAAUGUCGCAUUAAAAAAGGACAAGUGACAUUCAAUUCUUGUUUCUAAC